AUGGCGACAAUCACCGGCGAUUAUAGCAGCAGCCACCACCACCACCAUCUUCAACAGCAACACCACAGCCAUCAACAUCACAAUACACAAACAGGGCUAAAGCAAACAGAAGAGGAAGUGGACGAAGCAGAGCUGGAGCAACAGCAACAACAGCAGCCGCCGUCGUCGCAGCAAUCCCUGGCGAUGCAAACAGCAACAACAGGCACGAGCAAACAAUCGCCAAUUGGGGGCGACCACUUUUCGAACACGACAACGACAUUACCGCCCGAUAACAACAACAACACAACUGAAAGCAGCAAUGGCGAGGACCUCAAUGGAAUCGCUGCUGCUGCUUCCACUUCCCAAUCCACAGACAACAACAGCUCUCCGGCGACGUUGGAAUUAGAUGGCUCAGCUGGAAAUGGAGGAGCUCGGUUCAGCUACGGCCACAACAACAACAACAACAACAACACCACCAACAAUGGCUCGGCCACCUCGUCGCCCGCUCCUUCCCCUACGCCCUCCUCAUCAACUUCGACAUCAGCGAAUGGAGGAAAUGGAAGCGGAGAGCCCGCCGUCAACCAGCGCCAGUACCGAAAGACGCUCGAAUACCUAAAACAGCUCUUUUCUGACAGGGAGCGGCUGCAGCUGCUGCCGCUGGGCGUCUUCGCCCACGUCGGUCGCCUGCUGGAGGGCGAAAUUCAGCGCGUUCGCGCCUCUCUGAUUCACAUUGACGGCGGCGCGGACCAGCGCCGAUCGUUGGUGCUGCCCGAGCCGGAAGGCGAACCGGUGCAGCGCUCCACGAAGGUGUACGUGCCCGCGGAGAAGUACCCCGAGCUGAACUUUAUCGGGCGCAUUAUAGGGCCCCGGGGACUGACCAUCCGCGAGCUGGAGGCGGACUGCGGCUGUAAGCUGUACAUACGGGGCCACGGGUCGCUCCGGGACAAGAGCAAGGAGGAGAAGCUGAAGGGCCAGGAGAACUUUGCCCACCUCAAUGAGGACCUCCACGUGCUGAUCACCGUGGAGGAUGCGGAGAACCGGGCGGCGUUGAAGCUGGAGCGGGCGGUGGGCGAGAUCAACAAGCUCCUGGAGUCGGUCAUCAGCAAUAAGGACGAGUUCAAGAUGAGGCAGCUGGCGGAGCUGGCCAUACUGAACGACAAGUUCAAGAUGCAGGGGCCG